AGCUUUCGCUUACUAUUUAAUAUUUAAUCCUAGGAGCAGAGGUUGGGCUUGCUUCAAGUGUUGCUUCCUUAUCGCGGAGCAGAGGAGACGAAUCGCAGCGGUGGAGGGAGGUGACUAAGAUCCACCGUGCAAAGGUUUUCAGUAUAGUAGAUGCAUAUUUACUCUGCAUACCCGCAGAUUUGAAUUGGCUUUGUUGGAGCGGAGGCUUUCUUGUUUCUGUUUGUAUUGUGAGAGAGGAGUGCGAAGUCAUGGACCGCUGGAAGGAUAGGGUAGCUUUGGUAACGGGUGCCUCGGUGGGCAUCGGUGCAGCGAUCGCCCGUGCGUUAGUCCAGCACGGCAUGAAGGUGGUGGGCUGCGCCAGGAGCGUGGACAAGAUAGAGAAACUGGCAGCAGAAUGUCAAAGUGCUAAGUAUCCUGGUACAUUGAUUCCAUACAAGUGUGAUCUGUCAAAUGAAGAGGAAAUUUUGUCUAUGUUCUCCGCUAUCAAGACCCUUUACCAGGGAGUGGAUGUUUGCAUUAACAAUGCUGGCUUGGCUCGUCCUGAACCACUUCUUUAUGGAAAGACUGAAGGCUGGAGGAACAUGAUUGAUGUUAAUAUCCUGGCCCUUUCUGUUUGCACUCGUGAAGCCUACCAGUCGAUGAAAGAACGAGAUGUGGAUGAUGGUCACAUAAUUAACAUUAAUAGCAUGAGUGGACACAGAGUAUUGGCCAGUUCCAUCUCUCACUUUUAUAGUGCAACAAAGUUUGCUGUGACAGCGCUCACAGAAGGGCUGCGACAAGAACUUAGGGAAGCAAAGUCCCUUAUAAGAGUAACGUGUAUAUCGCCUGGGCUUGUGGAAACCGAGUUCGCUUUUAGGCUUUUCAAUGAUGCCCCAGAGAAGGCAGCUGCAACAUAUGAAAGUCUUAAGUGUCUGAAAGCAGAAGAUGUAGCCAAUGCUGUGGUGUAUGUCCUUGGAGCACCCCCUCAUGUUCAGAUUGGUGAUGUGCAGAUGAGACCAACAGAACAGGUGUCAUAGCAAAUGCAAAAAUACGUCAGCAUGAAGAAAUGCCAGUGAGCUGGGAAUACUUCCGAGAUAUCUGUUGGAUGGCAAGGAGGAUCUUUUCAAUUAACUUUAAAGAUCACUAGUAGAAAUACAAACCUCUCUCUACAAAGCUGGCUCUGAGGGGCAAUAGCUUUUUUACGAAGAACAUUGGUUAACACGACCCAUAUAAAGCAGAUAUGCCAUCAGGAUAAAAGCAAAAUGAUGCAGUUUUCAGAAUGUUUGUUUUUUCAUGGCUGUGGCACCUGAUCAGAUGUGUCCCUUAAGAUUUUCAGACUGUUAUUAUUUUCAAGAUUUUCAGACUGUUAUUAUUUUCUUUCCAUUUUGUUGCCCCUAUUUUGUAUUUGGUAGAAUCCAUAGUUGUGUGUCUACACUUUUUUAGUGCAGUGGUCAUGAAGGGAAGCCCAGAUCGUGCGUGUCAUUUGAAGCAGGAGUGAUUCCUGUUUCAUCUUCUGACAUCUGGCAUAAGGCUAUCACUGCACUAGAAGAUUUUGUAGGUAUUGUAUAGAUGCAAAACAGAAUAUGGUGUCUGAUCUCAUUAAAUCAGACAAUUCAUAGAUUUCUUACAAGCACUUGACGUAACAGAUGAGCUGAUACAGAUAACCCACACUGGAUACAACACUUGAUACAUCAGUGUAGCAAACUGGUGCCUGUCAUUCAAAAAGGCAGUGUCGUGUAGCAGUAGCAACAACUGAUGUCAGUUGUCCUGUGACCAGAUCACAAGUCAUUUGUUCACAUUCUGCUUCAGCCAGGAGUAAAGCUGGAAUAUGAAGCUCAGACUUCACCCUAAUUUAGCUUUUUCCGGACUAUCUUUGGUAAAUGAAACUCUGUUUCAGUUAACACUUUUGCUUCUAUACUCUUGUUUUCACUUCAUUAGUAUUAAUGUUUUGCCAGCAGAGGCACUUGCCUCUAGAGUCUAGAUAGUGUAAAAAAAUAAUGAUUUUGUCUGCAUUGGACUUGUAGAACUGGUACAAUGUGGGAUAGAGGAAAGAUUUUCCUUUGAGUUUUAAUCAUUGAAUGUUAGUACUUGGCAUGUUCCUUGCCUGUCAUGUACACUAAGUUACUUCAUUUUUACUGCACUAGAAUCCUGUGUGCGCACAGGUGAAUGUGUAAUUGUGAUCACACAUACAUGCACGUCUUCUAAACUUCCUUCUAUAAAUGUAACCUCUGUUCAGCACCCUGUACAGUUUUUAUGUUGAAUGUAUUUUGGUAUCUUGUACCUUUCUUCAUUUAAGAUGCAUUACGCAUUCUCACAUAUCUGCCUCCUUAGAUGGUGUAACUAAUGCAUGCAUGAAUGAGCAAUGCACACUUCACACACACACACACACACACACACACACACACACAUAUGUGUAUAUAUAUAUAUAUAUAUAUAUAUAUAUAUAUCUAUUGGUCUAGCUAUAUGAACUGCUUUCCUUGUUGGAGCGAGGCAGUCUGUUCAUUGCUGUAGACCACAAAGGAGGAGGAAAACUGUAUGUAGCCUUUUUUAAAGGGUAAUACAGGAAGGGCAUUUUUGCUAUUGCUAUUAGUUAACAUUAAAGGGAACUUCUUAAGAAGUGAAAUUAGUCAUCUAAA